UCUCGCGAGCACGGCGUCUUGUCUACUCUCUCGCGCUGUGAAUUCCUGCUCGUGUGUGUCUCGUGCCCUGCCUCUGUCUUCCUCACCGCUCCUCUCGUCUCCUUUUUUUUAACUCGCUCUGAAUCUCUCCCUCGUUUGGGGUGGAAUUUCACGUUUUAUUUUUAUACAGGAAGAAAAGUUUUCUUUUUUCAUACAAAACUAGUUCGGUGUCUCCAGCCAUGGCGGCGAGUGCGAAGCGCAAACAGGAGGAGAAACACCUGAAGAUGCUCAGGGAGAUGACGAGUUUGCCGCCGAACCGCAAGUGCUUCGACUGCGACCAGCGCGGCCCGACCUACGCCGACAUGACGACCGGCUCCUUCGUCUGUACCUCCUGCUCCGGUGUCCUGCGAGGAUUGAACCCUCCCCACAGAGUGAAGUCCAUCUCUAUGACAACCUUCACGCAACAGGAAAUAGAAUUUCUACAGAAGCAUGGAAAUGAGGUGUGCAAACAGAUCUGGCUGGGCCUCUACGAUGACAGAAGCUCAGCUGUUCCUGACUUCAGGGAGCCGCAAAAAGUCAAAGAGUUCCUCCAGGAAAAAUAUGAGAAAAAGCGAUGGUAUGUUCCUCCAGACCAAGCCAAGGUGGUAGCCUCGGUCCAUGCCUCAAUGUCGGGCUCCUCAGCCAGCAGCACAAACAGCACUCCGGAAGUGCGGCCGCUGAAAACCCUGCUGGGAGAGACGGCGCCUGCUCUGCACCUGAGUAGAAACACACCCAGCCAGUCCCCUGUAGUGUCACGUGUUCAGUUAAGCCAGCAGGACAGGAAGUUUGAUCUGCUCAGCGAUCUAGGCGGUGACAUAUUCGCCGCUCCGACAUCACAGUCCACGGGCAGCUCCGGCUUCGCCAACUUUGCCAAUUUCAGUAGCCAUCCAGCAGCACAGAAUGCUAACGCUAGCACAGACUUUGCAAAUUUUGAUGCAUUCGGGAGUUCUGCUGCUGCCGCCACCGCGCCUAGUGCUGCGUUCCCCUCCGCCCCUCACGCACAAUUUCAGCCUGCACAACCAGCCGGCUCAGCAGGACUGGCUAAUGCCAACUUUGCCAACUUCGACAACUUCCCCAAAUCCUGCAGCGCUGACUUUGCUACGUACGGAUCCUCCCAGUCCAACUGCUCAGGGGGCGGGGCCAAGGGCGACGCAGGCGCUGUAACCGCUGACAGGUACGCCGCGCUCGCUGACCUGGACAACAUCUUCAGCUCUGGCAAAACCGAACAAGGUUCGAGCUCGGCUCCUCCUUCUGCAGGUGUGGGCCCGCCCCCUCCCCAGGCAGCCAUGUUGGGUGGUGAUCGAUAUGCUGCACUGGCUGCACUAGACACUGCUUUCAGCGUCCCUGCCCCCAGUAGCAGCAGCUUUGGCACUGCCACCAGUACCCAGGGGUCUGUGUUUGGAGCCCCACCUGGUGUGCCCGUACCACCGCAGCCCCCUCAGGCAGCACUCCCCCAGGGCUUUGGAGGCCCAUCAACAAAUCCUUUCGUCUCUACUGGUAUACCACAAGCCACUCCUGCCUCAAAUCCAUUUCAGGCCAAUGGGAGACCAGCAGCAGCCUCGUUUGGUCCUGGUUCCAUGAGCAUGCCAGCUGGCCUUAGUAACACGGCUGCCUACAACCUCCCCACAAGCUUCAGCGGAAACUUCCAGCAAGCUUUCCCCCCCGCCCAGGGCUUCCCUCAGCCGCAGGCCUACGCCCAGCAACCCAACGGUGGGGGUUUUGCUGCAUUCGCUCAAGGCAAAGCUGCUGUAGCUCCAUUCGGACAGAACAUGGGAGCACCCGGCAUUACCAAUAACCCGUUUUUGGCAGGAGCGCCGGUUGGACAGUACCCCGGAGGAAGUUCCUCCACAAACCCUUUCUUAUAGCACCCCACUCUGAACAAGCCCACACGGCGUGAGACUCUCGCUUGCACCUCUUGCACUGUUUUGAUGUUCCAAGUAGCUUUAAAGACAUGUUUCUAAAGACUUUUUUUAUGUUAGUACAAUUUACACCGGUGCGCCUAACGGAGGUGUUACAUGACGAUCUAUCUAUCUGUAAGAACAGAAAACACAAAACAAAGUGUAUUGGGGUGCCUGCUGGAAAAAAAAGGGGCCUUUCCUUUGCUGAAUCUGUGAAAUUUCCACGUCUGGAAAAAAAAAAAUCCAAGACAACAAAUGUCCGUUUUGAGCUAAGUUAUUUCAAAGUGUCCUGUGCAUUUUAAUGCUGCAGUCCUGUACAUAUCUAUUUUCUCAGAAAAGGGAGGGCAGAAGUUUAGCUCACGUGUGCAUAUCAGUAUUUAUCUUAAUUGCUCACGUCCACAUACACGAGAUUCGACUUGGCUGCGGAGCUUACCCGCUUAAACGCUGUUCACCUCUAAAUGAUGACGAGAGGAGCAUGAGAGACGGAGAGAGAGCGAGAGACUCUACCAAAGAAGAGCAUCUCUGCAAUUUGCAAUUUUUUGUUCUUUUGUUUUUGUUAAUUUUCCAUCAGCUUAUUCCCGGCCAUAAGGAGUUUCAGACCGGCAUCGCUCCCAGACUCUGGACGGGUGCUACACAGAGACUCCGAAACACGAACCACUCAAGUCGAAUGUUACAUGAGUUUAAGUUGAUGUAUGUACGUGUGUGCGUGUGUAUGUACACAUGCAUUAUAUAAAUAUAUAAAUAUAUUAAAAUAAAUUUUAAUUAAGAAA